AUGGCCAGCACUUCCACGAACAGCCAAAACAUUGUCCGAAAAUGCCGGCGGUGCGGAAAGUUAGUAGAAGCUGAUGACAUCUUCUACCCUUUAGCCUGUGACUCUUGCUGGAACUUUUUUGACCCCGAGACCUUCAUUCUUCCAUAUACCAAUUUCCGGGACUCGAUGGAAGAUCUCAACAAUUGGGAGGGGAUGAACCCCAAAGAGAUGCUUAGGCAAUUACGACAGAACGCACAGGACACUCAGCCGACAGCCUCCACCUCUAGGGUUCCAGUCCUCCCUUACCGCGACCCGCUGGAGCCACUGACCCAGGGUUGGGAUCCUAUUCUGUAUUACUUUCCUAAUGGUGUCGUCGGACCCAUGAAGGAG